ACCAAGGUGUUGUUUUUCUCAGGAAAAAGCACUUUAGAGUUCUACUUUCCCUUGUGCAUUUACGAACAGGUUGCGGGAGAGGGUGGAAGAGAGUGUAUUUCGCUUUGGACGGCGCAGAUGCCAGUUUUAGCGUCCACGCUCUGGGGUAGAUCUUAUCGAGUAAUGACUAAUCAUCGGAGUUCAUUUGUGGCAUGAAUGACAACGACGUGACAGAAAGCAUCAAGAAUCAAUAUCUAGAUAUUUUGCGAAAUUCGACUCUGAAAUCCUACACUAAUUAAGCGACUGAUGAAUUCUUUGCAAGAUUGGAAUCACGACGCUUUGUAGUUCCCUUUGUUUACGGAGAACGUUGCAGGAACUCUCUGUGAUCGCUAUCGGCAGAAUACCUUGAGAAAUUAUCGUCUGACGCUAAGUAUUAUAGCGGGGAGCAAUUCUCUAAUUAAGGUAAACUACUCAGGGUGGAAGCCACUGAGGUUUUUCUCGACCAUUGAUUUCGUUGUGUUCAUCUUUGAGGUGUCAACGUGGUGUGAAUUUCAUCCUCUUUGGAAAUUAUUUGUAUGACUGUUAUAAACUGUGUGCGAAAUACAGACCAAAAAUCGACCAAAGUUGGCGGCGAUCGUAAAUUAUAAUUUGACUUUACUUAUGUAAAUCGCCUAGUGCUCUGUUGACGCGGAAUCAGAAACUAUGGCAUCUCCGAUCAAACGAAUGAUGAGUUUACGCGAGACGAAGGUUAAUAAGGUGAAUGUUGAGUCGCCUUCUCCAACUACAAAUCGAAAGCCAAAAAUCUUGAAAAUUCUACGCAGACAAUCCUUUAAUCAAGGUAGGAAGCGUAGUAAUGACGAAGCUAUCACUCGUUCCGCUCCAGAAGUGGUCGACGAUCAACAGAAUGUACCGAAACCGGUUGUGAAAUCGCCGAAUCAAACCCGCGAUUUGGAAGCCUUUCAACAGUAUCACAAAGAACUACGCAGCGCAGUUCAGUAUUUUAUUCUCAUUUUGAACAAUUACAAGAACAACAUGGACAUUGUGAUGGCGAAAAUCCCUGACAACACUUCGAUCGUGUUAGAAUCAGUCAUCAAUAUCGACAAUAUGCUUGAUACAUGCCUACGGCUUCACAGUAGUAACACUGAUCUGUUACCUUAUAGAAAAUCAAUUCAUAAGCGAAUGGCCGAGCUUGUUCGAUGGAGCGAUCAGCUUUUGGUGCGCGGCAACGUGAAAGGCAAUCUCGAAGAAGGAGUCGAAUGCGUUAAAGAUCUCGAAGCGAGCGUGCAGGAAUUAGUGGAUUUAGCAAUUCCGCGGCUUAGAAAACGGGAACUAAACGAUGAAAUCCGAAACUCGAUUUUUAUGUUCGAAGGAAGCAGUGAAAGUAUUCAAAUUCCAGUUGUCGAAUCGGACUAUGGACAAUUAUGUAAUCGAAGAGAUUCUGGAAUCAGCGAAGGGAGUCUUGUCGAUGGUUCUUGUCACGAUUCCAGUUCUUCGAGGGCUUCUCCGGCCACUUCUCGUGACUCAGGUCGCGGUUCUUACAACUACAUCCUCGAUCAACCCGAUACAGCUCAUCAUAAUGGUUACCUAAGCCCUCCUGAACCUCCCGUUCGAGGACGGCAGUCGUUUAGAAGCACUUCAAAUUACAACUAUCAGCGCAAUCCUGCCAACUUAAAAAACUCUGACUGGUCACUUAGCCAGGCUAGUGACUCAUCCAGCUAUCGCUCUCUUCCACAGUCAUCAGUUAGUUCACAGGAUGAGUUCAAUAGCCAUGCAUUUCUAUCUGCAUCAAGCUCAGUAGAGGAAGAAGGAUCUUUCUUCUCUGCUGAUGAUCGUGAAGAGCCAGACAGCCCCAUAAUUCAAGCCUCUUUCUUGGGAUACAUAGAGAAUCAUGAACAGUCAACACCAAAGAAGAAAUCAUUCCAAGUGUACAUUGAACUUGUUGGAAAUUACACUCAGCCUGCUGAUGGGAUCUUAAAACGACCAUCGUCUGCCUACGAUGGCUACCAGGAAAGUUUUAGAAGGAGUAUCAGUGCGAAUGCUAAUUCUCCCACCUCACCUGUGCUCAAAAAAGAAAUGUUUGCCUUUCGCAAUGUGGCAGAUUCAGAACGUUCUCAUUCUCUUCCAACCCUGCAAGGAAGUACUGGAAAGCUCUCACCUUCCCACCAAAUCAAAACAAAUGGUACCCUCGACUAUAACAAAAAUGUCAGAACAGAUUCCCAGAGGAAAAAGCUACUUCCGCUUGAAGAAGAACGGUCUCGAAAGCAAAGUAACACCAGCAGUAGCUCAAGUAGUUUGAGUGGGACAGAAGAAGAGGAUGUCAAUACCCCUGCUCUGGAUUGCUUGGAUGUUUCUAGGUUUCUUGUCUAUCGUAGUGAUGAUGAUGAUGGACCAACACUCGUUGGUGGAGCUAUCGAUGCACUCAUUGUCCAUGCCAGUGGUUCAACUAAGAAAGACCUGGUUUACUAUGAAGCUUUCCUCACCACCUAUAGAACUUUCAUUUCUCCAAAGGACCUAAUCACCAAGCUUCUCUAUAGGGAGAGAAGGUUUCGGGAGAAAGGUUCCAAGAGAGCCAGCCAAAACGCUUUCUUUUUGCUUCUCAGAGUUGUUGACGAGUUGACUGGAAAAGUUGAGAGAAGCAUCUUGGAGCAGCUAAUGAAAGAAGUGUAUCGCCUUCUUGUCAAUGGAGACAUUGUUCUUGGAAAGAUUUUGCGCGACAAAAUGUUACCAAAAUGUGACAACUACUACCGGUCACGUUCUCCUUCCAGCAACAUUCCUGCCAGCCAUCCCGUUGAUCCAGGACAGAGGUACACUGUGUUGGAUUUUAAUGCGGAGGAUCUUGCAAAACAACUUACCCUAAUUGAUGCAAGGAACUUCCACAACAUUGAAAUUCCAGAAAUCCUUGCUUGGGGCAAAGAACAGAAGGAGGAACUCUCACCAAAUUUGUGCAUUUUCACAGAUCACUUCAACAAGGUUUCCUAUUGGUGUCGCACCCAUGUUCUGUCAUUUGAGAAACAGAAGGACAGGGAGCAGGUCUACCUAAAAUUCCUGAAAAUCAUGAAGCAUUUACGGAGGUUUAAUGACUUUAACUCAUUCUUUGGAAUCCUUUCUGCACUGGACUGUUCUGCGGUAAGGAGGCUCAACUGGCCUAAACAUUUCCCAGAGAAUCUAGCGGAGUAUGCAACAUUGAUUGACAGCUCAUCAUCUUUCAGAGCUUAUCGUGAUGCUUUGGCACAAGCACAGCCACCUUGCAUUCCCUACCUUGGACUCAUCCUCCAAGAUGUCACAUUUGUUUACCAUGGUAACGCAGAUGAACUGCCUGAUGGCAAAGUGAAUUUUGUUAAGAGAUGGCAGCUCUUUAAUAUUGUUGACAAUGUACGACGAUUUAAACUUACUAGUUAUGAUUUCGAGUGGAAUGAUCAGAUUUCACAACUGUUUGCAGGAAUGGACAAUUUCUUGUCUGAAGAAGAUCUGUAUGACAGGUCUCUAAGACUAAAGCCUCGAGAAUGAAAGUAACUGCCUCUCCUAGUUCAAUUUGAUGACAUUUGUGGAUAUAUACACAAAGUGAAAAUAUUGCAUUCAUGCAGUCCAUAUAUUAUUCAAUCACAAUUUGAAAUUUUUCAGAAAAAUACGUAAAUUCCUUUUUUGUUAUUGUUGUGCAUAGUUGCAUGGUGAUAUUUUGGCCUUUUGUGGGCUUCAUAAGUAGUUUCUUGUCGGCUGAUUAAAUAUCGAUUGAAUUUUUUCAUGUUGGUGACUGUUAGCUCUACAAAAGAAAGGCAAUAUGGCACAACCAGAGACAAUGGCUGUAUAGAUCUGAGAAAAAUCAUUCAUCUGCUUAGGUGGCUCACUAAUUGGUUGCUUGACAACAAGCUGCAGUGAAAGCAAGCCAAGAGUAACAGGAAAAGGGAAUUUUACAAGCAUUGUUGAUUUGUUAUUUCAUAUCAUGGCUCGUGCUCCAAAUUGUGAUUGAGGCAACAAAAACUGCCGACUGCACAACCUGUAUUAUGCCAUAUUACCAAAUUUUCAUUAGGACUUUGUUCUGUUUUUAAAAGAAUAUCCUUGAGAUAAGAUAUGUAUGUUUUCCCAGGAUGCCAACAUUGGUUGAUUUUUGGGCACCAGGUCUAAAACAGCAUGUAUUAAGUCUGGACAAUUGGUCUAUGGAAAGCAAUUAGGAGAAAAUUCUGGAAAAUAAUUGAUAAAUCAAGCAUAGUCUUGUAAGGUUCAUAAAAGUAUGGUCAGUUAAUGUGAUCAAGCAGGUUUUAGCUUAUACUUGCAUGAUGUCAUACUAAAAUCUCCGACUGUCUUUAGUAGCCCAGUGUACCUAUCAUAUAGGAUUUUUCUUAGUCAUCAUUUGGCAAGAGGUAUUAUUGCAUGCAACAUUGAAGGCAGGUUUUUCAUAAUUUAACUGACGCACUCUGCAAUAUUGCUUCUGCGACAAUCUGUACCACUAUUAUCGAGCAGCAACUUGUACAAGAUACAUGACAGAAGUCAGUUUCAGUUGGCUUCUAUUUUAGGUUUUGAAUAUAACAUUUAAGGGUGAUAAAACAAAAUUGUGAAUUGUGAUCAAUAGGUAUAUAUAGUUCUCAGUUUUUUGGCCAGUGUAAACAUGCAUUAUGCAUAUAUUAUAUUUCCAGGGGAUAUAUUUUGUUUAUAAGAAAUGUUACUAUAUAGAUAAACUAUUCCAGUAUUAUCAAUAUUGUUUUUAUAUGCUUCUGAAACUGCAAUAUUAUUGAUGGGUUUCGAGGUCAAGGCUUGAUAGAAUAUUGCUGCUUUAGAUUAACUUUCAUGUUUCAGGAAAGUUGAGUGCAAUCUAUUUUAUGCAAUGAAAUAAUUUUUAUGAGAAAUAAGUGAGUGAGUAGUUACGUUUUGCAGUCUUUUUAAUUAUUAACAGAUUACAUAUUUUUGUAUUUUUGAAAACAAAUUUGAAAAGACAAUGGCAAAGGAGUUUCGAGUGAUCACUUUAAACCUGAGUUCGAUUUGAUUAUUGCAUAGCAAAGGGUAUGAUUGGAAAUAAAUUAUUUUUCUGUGUUUUUCAAAUUAUUUUGUGACAUGUACAUGUAAAUGCUUAACAUAAUUGAUGCGUUUGAAGUGAUUGAAUUUUCUGCUUUUGAGUCAAGCUGGCACACAGCAGGUUAAUAGAUAAUCUGUCUUUUCAUUGAUCUUAUCAGAUAAUGUUUGUUUCAGGAUGAAUUAUCUUUCUGCUACAUCCUGUCUGACUAUGCCCACUUGACGAAUUUUAUUUACAUGCCUUGAUAAGAAGAAAAUAAGCUUUACUUUGCUUAACUGGCUUAAACUAGUAUUGUGAACAGACAAACUGCAACGAGUUGUUGAAGGGUGGUUAAGCAACGGUUAAAUUUCUUUGUUGUAUGGUGAUUUUAAAAGUGAAGGUGCUUGUCUUUGUGAUGUUAUUCCAAGUUGUUUUUAUGAAAGAAAAGUUACAAUAAUGUCAUUCUUUCAGAAAGUUAACAUUGUGUCUCUGUGGGAGACAAUUGAAGUUACAGAUUUGGUAAAUUGCUUGGUGAGGUUCUCAUUUUUCAAUGCAAUCAAAUUUUAGAUUUCUCAAAGGAAGUUUUAAGAGGCAUAUAGAUACACAUAUUUUAAUCUGAAAAUAAUUUGCAUUUGUUAAAACUUUUUUAUUAUUCAUAACAACAGAAGUUUUUGUAAUAUUAAAAUUAUGAAGAAUUGAAA